UCGUCCAUGGCUGUGAGUAUCACGCUUCUACUGUCCGGUCUUGUGGCCGCCGCGGUCACUCAACUCGCCUGGACCUUCCUAACGAAUGUCUUCCGCCAUCCGCUUGCACAAUUUCCAGGACCACUUCUCGCAUCGACCGGCUGGUACAAGACCUGGCAGGAGGUGUUUCGUGGACGCAAUUGGAUCGAUGUACUGCGAGAGCUGCACGCACAGUACGGCGAAGUCGUCCGCGUCGGACCGAACGAGCUUCAAUUCGCCGACCCGGAAGCGUACCUAGACAUCUACAAUGCAUCCAACCGUUGGUCAAAAGAAGCGACUCUUUACCAAUCCUUCGGCGAAGAUGCAUCCUCCUUUGGGUUCCUCCACUACCGCGAAGCCAAGCAACGCAGAGACGUGCUCGCCCCGCUCUUCUCCCGUCGUGCGAUCUUGGACCUCCAGAGAGUCGUGAGAGGCAUCAUGGACCGCCUCUGUGUUCACCUCGCCAAGGAGAAUGCAGAGGGAAAGUCUUCGGAUAUGCUGUUCGCGCUACGCUGUUUCACUCUGGAUACGAUUGUCACGUAUUGCUUCGCGCAGGACAUCCACGCUACGGAGGCGAAGGACUUCCAAGCUCCAGUCGUGGUUGCGAUGGACGCCAGUCUUCCUACGUUCGUUGUCUUCAAGCACUUUUCCGCCGUGAGGAAGCUGGUCUUUAGCUUCCCUGGAUGGCUGACGAAGAUGACAGCGCCGGGAUUGGGUGGUCUAGUCGAUCUACAGCAAUUGCUAGGCGCGCAGGUGAAGGAGGUCGCGAGCAAUCCGCAGCUACUCAAGCAGACAUCGCAUCCGACAAUCUAUCACCGACUGCUUGAUCCCGAGGCCAAUGAAGCAGCAGGCGUGCCUAGUCAGCAGAGUCUAUAUGAAGAGACCCAAGCGCUUCUCUUCGGCGGAGCGGACUCGGUCGGGAACACGGUCACCAUUGGCCUUUAUCAUGUACUGCAGAGCCCGAAGAUGAUAUCUCGGCUGAAGGCGGAGCUGCUGAGUGUCUGGCCAGACCUACAGAGCCAGCCUCGAGUGGAAGUGUUCGAGAAGCUGCCUUUCCUUGCCGCAGUCAUCAAAGAGAGUCUCCGCCUAGCUCCUGGGGUCACGGCACCUCUGCCACGAGUCGUACCCUCAAGCGGCGCAACCAUCAGCGGUCGCCACAUUCCUCCUGGAGCAAUCGUAGGCGUGGCUCAGGUGAUGGUGCACUCGAACCCUGACAUAUUCGUUUCUCCUGAAAAGUUCGACCCCGAACGUUGGCUGGGAAGGGAGGCUUCUUCGCUGGAGAGGUGGCUUGUACCGUUUUCUCGAGGGCCAAGAGCUUGCCUGGGUCAGACUCUUGCGAUGUGUGAACUGCAAGUUGCAUUUGCGGGACUGUUCCGUCGAUUUGACAUUCAGCUCGAUGAAGCCUCAACGGACAGUCUCGCUUGGAGGGAAUGCUUCUUGCCGCAUUUCAACGCAAGUCACACGCGUGCGUUCUGCAAACCUGUAGUUUCGUAG